UGAAAAUCUGUUAGUCAUAAUUCAUUUUUUGCGCAAAUGAUACGAUAAAGUACUCCUAAUAUUAUCCUCUCAAUUUGUUUCUGGGCUCACCUUCUGCUCGACGUUCCAAUUCAUAAAAUAUAAAACCCAACUCCUUCAGCCCCGAAAAAAUCGUUUGCCUCACUUCUUCCGUGCAUCUCCCAAACUUGCUCUUUCAACUUUUCAAGCAGAAGAGCCAAAGCCUAUCCAUGGAUGUGUAUGAAAAGAUCAAUAAGGCAGUUAUUGUCUGCUCUGCUAUCCAUGCAUUUCGUAACAAACCAGGUUCUUUAAAACAUCCGAAAUCAGCAGGUGCCAGCCCAGACACGCCCCAUAAAAGGGAGGCUGCAGAUGAUGUAGUUCCUAUCAGCUUUGAUUACUCAAGCCAGCCUCAGCCAGCUACUCUACUUGAAUCCGCUCAAAAGAACACCCAAAUAACCAAAGUUGCAUCCAAGAUAAAACCUGAAGCUCCACCAGCAAACACCGACAGUCCUGGCCAAGUAGCCAAGUCUAAUUCCAAGGUGGGAUCCUCUCAAUUUGCCAUGCAAGAAGGUAAGAGAUUACACAUUGAAGACAAUUUCACUUACUAUAUCGAUCGUGUAAGGGCUAGAAUGAGGACUAUAUCCAAUGUUGGUGAUCUUUCAAAUGUUGACAAUGUGUCACAUGUCAAUGUUGGAAAUGAUGCCUCAGGAAGAGAUGAGUUCUCGGAAUAUAUUGAUCGUGCCAGGAUUAAGAUCAGAACUACAUCAAAUAUUGGCGGUGGAAACUUUCCAGCAUCUUAAAUGAAGAGCAAGAAGCUUUGAACAGUAGGACAAAUGAUAUUUAUAUUAAAAGGGUCUUUAUGAAUAAUGAUAUCUGCCUUGCAUUAGCCAUAAAUCUGUGCUGAAUUAUAAACAACUAGAAUUAUGCCCAAAUCGAAAAUAAUACAAAUAGCAUUAAAGUCCUAUUUUUUCUAAACUUUCUUUGAUAUUCUUCCAUUUUUCUUUCAAUCGCUUCCCAUAUAUCUAAUCUCUCUGUUUUCUCAUAUUUCAUAUUUGGGAAAGUGUAUGGAUUGUUGAAUCUUUCUUUUGCGGUUUUAUUUUUAAACUAAGAGACUUAAGAAUGCUUCUUUAUAUUGCUUUAUGCAGCUUUUCAAUCUCAGUGGGAUUGACAUUUUCUUUUGUGCAGUCAUUUUCUUAUUAGCAAGCUCAUCUCUUGAGCAUUUAAAUAAGAAAAAUCAGUAUAAAUUACAGCUAUUUCAAUAAAUGUAACCUUUCAACCAUUUUAUCAAAUAGGUGGUGACCAUACAUGAAAAUAUAUUUUAAAGUAUUUUAUUAAUUUUUUUUUAAAUAACCAAUAAAGAAAUAUUCAACAAUUCAUAUCUUUUCUCAAAUAUGAAAUACAGAAAAAUAAAGAGAUUAGUUAUAAGGCAAGCUAUUGAAAGAAAAGUGGAA